CUCGCGAACCAGACCCCUUAUCGGUCCUCCUCCUCCUCAGCGCAUCGCCGCCGCCACCGCAUCACCGCCGCUCCUCGUCGCUCUACCUGUCUGCUUCUCUUCUUCCUCCGCGCCUUCUCACCAAGCGCCACUGCCCCUCGCCAUCCCCUUCCCCUUCUCCUCUCCACCAUAUCCAGAAGAUCUCCACCUCCACGACACGGCUGGAUCCGUGAAAAAGGAGCAAGAGCGCGGAUGCUGCGGCUAUUGGAGGAGGACAACAAGGUGGUGGAGGAGUUCCAGGCGAUGCACGCCGCCGCGAGGGUGGUGGAGUACUUAAUCUGGUGCUGCGCGUCGGAGGACACAAAAGGGAUGAUCAAGGCGGUGACCGCCGGCCCCGUGUGGCGAAACCUCCAGAUUGAUCUUGAUGGAUCAUCGCCGAAUUCGCCUCCCGCCACCAAGAACAUGUGGGAGGUCGAAUCUCUCCAUCCUCAACCUCCUGUUGCCAAGAGGACCAAGAAUGCUAGUGAUCCAGGGGGCUCGCCUGAAGAUCAGUCGAAAGAACCUGUGAAGACGCUGAAGUUGCUGGGCUUCGAGAAGCGUGCCAACAUUGUUGAGCUGAUGAAGAAGAUGCCCCAGUUCCCCGGCCUGGAGCACAUCACGUGGCUGUCGGUUGUGGCCGCGGUCAUGUCGUUCGCCUACUCGUUCAUCGCGCUUGCGCUAUCGGUGGCGGAGUGGGUGUCUUACGGUGGCUCAUAA